AAACGAUCUGUUCGAUUAAGAGACAACAAUUGAAUGCAAUUAAAAGAGUUUAAAAAUAAAUUUGAUUUUAAAUUAAGAAUAAAAGUGAAAUAGCAACGUACGUGUCAAGGUGAUUACAUAAAAAUUGUGAAUUGAACUUAUAGCAGCAAAUUAUCUCAAUCUUGCGGAAUCGGAAAAGAUCACUUCAAUUUAUAAUAGUUUAUACAAUAAAUUUAAAGGAAAUAUGACAAGUCGAUGGGAAGAGAUUGCUAAAUAUUAUCACAGGGAUCUAUCAUCAAAAUCAGCGACAACAGCAACAACAUCAGCGGCAACCGCGGCAACUGCAACAUCAAUAACCACUACAACCACAACACCAAUUGCAUCAGGUAUUAAGACUGGUCUGGAAAGUACUAAGAUCUCCACUGUAUCAUUUUCAUUUCCGACGACCUCAGUUUCAAACUCCAGUGGUACUUCAAAUUCGAUUAUAACAAAACUCUCAAAGCUAACACAGCUAGAUGAGACUACUACGUCAACAUCAAUAGCGGCCAGCCCAAACACUUCCAGCCCGAAUGGUAAAUAUGUGAACUGGAGUAGUCAACACACAACACUUGCAUUAUUGCCAUGGUGCUGUAUUGGCGACCUGAUUGCAUUUUGUGAUAAAUAUGAGUACAAGACAGUAACUGUCGCUGGUGCACGAGGUCACAAUAUCAUUGUCAAUGAAGUGAAAGCAUUAUUGAACAGCGCAGCUCCUUUCGAUUCAAAGAAACGAUUUCCCGAAAACACACGAAAUACUGAAAAUCUUUGGGUGUGCAUAGGUCGAUGCGCUGGUGUGGAGUACCAUCUGAAACGUAUUUUAACAGCUUUCCGAAAACCUUUAGACACGUUAUCAGCCGACAAACAGCGCAUAGCCAGACAGAAUUUCCAUCUAGCUGUCAAUGAAUUACGUUUAGAUAUAUCAGCAAGAAUUUCAGAAGUUCGUCUAUACGAUCGCAAUAUAUUCGAAAAAGAUUUCCAUCUCAAAUGGGAGGAUGAAGCAUAGUUCAUGUAAUAAGAGCUGCACGAUAAUUUAAUGCGACAAAACUUAAUUAUUGUGAAAUAGGAGACAUAAUUCAGUCAAAUUAAAAUGUUUUUUUUAUCACUACAAUUCGGGAAUGUAAUAGUUGUU